GCAGUUGCGGGGCAGCGGGCGGGAAGUGAGGACGUGUGGAACUAACUUGCUGAAAAAUGGAAGAGGGAGUUGCACUGGAUGACUUUUGCGGGUCUAAAUUCUGGGAUGCCAAUGUCACAUGGUACACGGACAACCCCGACUUCACACCAUGUUUCGAGCGCACAGUGUUGGUGUGGGUGCCCUGUUUCUUCCUGUGGGUCUUUACUCCCAUGGAAAUCUUCUAUUUAAAAAACAGCCCAGAUAGGCUUGUACCUUGGUCAUGGAUCAAUAUCUCUAAACUGAUUGGGUCAACUCUCUUAAUGACUGUUCAGUGCGUUGAUUUUUUCCAUGCCGUCUAUAGAAAUGCAAAUGAUGAAGGGGAUGUUUACGGUGUGGACUAUGCAGCUCCAGCAAUAAUUUUCUUUACAAUUCUACUUCAAGUGGUUUUUAUCCUGAUGGAGAAGAAACGGGGGAUACAAAGCUCAGGUGUAAUCUUCAUGUUCUGGCUACUUUUGGUUAUAUUCGGCAUUCCAGAGUACCGCACAUACUUCUUGAAUGUCUUAAAUGAGAAAUACACCAUGCUGGAGAGCAUGUGGAGGGAUUCUGUGUUUGUUUUGAAAGUGGAAGGGAAUGGCCAGUAUAAAUUUGUUACUGGACUUACUGUGUUGAGUAAUGCUAGUCUAUCAAAUUGCUUUGGGGACGCUACACCAGAGUAUUAUGUGAUUUACGAUAAGAGGCCAGAGGUAAAUGUAGAGAAUUUGAUUGAGACUUCACUUAUUUGGAAGGGCUACAGAAGUACACUCAUUUUAGAGAAUGAAUGCCUUGAUCACCUUCACGGAAUCUGA